AUGGCUGGGUGUGAGUUGCUGCAGGGCCUUGCUGCAGAGGCCCUGUACUGCUGCAUCAGAAAUGAUGACGAGCUGCCAAGGAGUGCUGCUGCUGCCCUCACGGAGUUGCUGCAGAGUGUGGGGCCGCUGCUGCUGCGUCGCAUAGGAGCAGAGGCGGACCUGCUGCUGCAUCGAGUCCGAACGUCUGCAGCAGGAGCUGCAGCGGGCGCGGAGGAUGAGAAGCGCCUGUGGCAGCUGCUGGAGGUGCUGCUGCUGCAGCUGCAGCAGCUGCCGAUCGCCCUGCAGCAGCAACUGUGUUCUUGUGUCUCGCUGCAGCUAGCCCCCUCAGGCCCUCCCCUCAGAAGAGCAGGAAGCAGCAACAGCAGCAACAGCAGCAGCAUCUUCACUUCAUCUGCUGUGCGCCCAUCCCCCUUUGUGGGGGGAAGCGCUUUGCUGCGGCGCUCUGUGUCCUCAGCAGAGGACGUCACUGUUGCUGCUGCUGCUGCUGCGUCUUUAGCAGCAGCAGGGACUGCAGCAGCAGCAGGAUCAGCAGCUCAAGCCACGAUGCUCGCGGGGAGGCCAAUGAGACGCUGCCUACCGUGUUUGCAGCAGCAGCCUCCCCCGCAGCAGCUGCUGUUGAAUAUGGCGAACAGCAGCACCGCCCAUCACCGUGCUGCAGGGGAGACGCAGGAGCAGCAGCAGGAAGCAGCAGCAGCAGGCUUUGCUGCUGGCACGUCGCCCACAGCAGCAGCAGAACAGCAGCAGCAGCAACGCGCCAACUUGGCCCAGAGGUUCCAGCAGGCUGGAGACGCCCUUUCCCCUCGGCGCUUCAUGAGGAGAAUGAGUUCGCCGCAGCGCCUGCAGCAGCCGCUGCAGCAGCAGCAGCAGCUCUACACUGCAGCAAGUCUUCAGGAGCGCGUGACGCUGCGGCGGAAGCACUUUUUAACCAUCUGGAUAGACACUGCAUCCGCAACAGGCGCUGCUGCUGCUGUCCUUGCCCGCGCAGCAGCAGCUCAACUUGCAACAGCACCAUCAGCAACAGCACUAGCAGCUGCAGCAGAAGCAGCAGCUGCUGCAGACGUGGUGUCCCGGAGAGAGCGCUGCAUGCAGCAGCAGCAGUUCCUGCUGCUCACGUGGCUGCGGCAGCUUUCUAGCGCCCUGAAGGCAACAGUUAUGUCUUCUACAGCCACAAAGCGGCAGCAGCAAGACUGCAGCACAGUUAAUGGGCUGCUGCAGCUGCAGCGCAUGCAGCUGUUGCCAGUGUGCACGCUGCUUGGCGUUGCUGCGGCUGCAGUGGGGUGCCUGCGGAGCGGCUUCCUUGCUGCGUCUGUUGCAGCAGAGCGACAGCAGCAGCAGCGGGGGCAGCAGCUGCUGCUGCAGGUGCUGCAGGAGCUGCAAGAGCUUGCAGAAGUGCUUGGGGGAGAAGGACGGCCUCGAGCAAUCUCCAGCGGCCUCUUAUCCCAGCAGCUGCUGCAGCGGCAGCUGCAGCAGCGCGUGCAGCCGCUGCUGCUGCUGCUGCUGUGUGAGCUAAGAGACACGUCGCUCCUGGCUCUAGCAGAGGCAGCAGCAGCAGCAAAGGCUGCGCCGCGUCUUGCUGCUGGCAGCAACCUAUCCGUCCCACCCACGCCAUGCGAAUCGCAGCAGCAGCAGCAGCAGCCGCAGCAGCUGACAGCAGCUGAUGUGCUGCUGGGUGCGCGGCAGCAGAAGCUGCAGCAGCUGUUGUUUGCUGUUGCCCUUGAAGAAAUGCGUCUUUGCACAGCAGACAGCCGCAGCGACGAGCUCUCAAGCCCUUCUUUGCUGCAGCCGGUUGCAGCAGCAGAUGCUGCAGGUGCGUGCAUGGAAGCAGCAGCAGCGCCGGCAUCAGCAGCAGCAGCAGCUGCUGCUGCUGCAACUGCUGCGGCCCGCUGCAGCGCCGACACCUGGUGGAGCUGCCGCGUUAUUUCUCGCUGGCUGCUGCUGCUGCACUUGAGCACUUGGGGAGCAGCACCAGUAUCAACCGCAGCAGAUGCAGCAGGUGCAGCAGCAGCAGCUGCAGCAGGCUCGCCCAGGCAAAUGCUUGAGCUGUUCCGCUGGAGCAUGCAGCAGCUGCAGCAGGGGUUGCUGCCGUUGCGGCGGGCUUUGCCACGCCUUCCCCAGCUGCAGCAGCAACUGCUGCAUUUGUCGCAGCCAAGGCAGCAGCAGCGGCUCGUGGUGCAGCUGUCGCAGCAGCUGCAAGAGCAGCAGCAGCUGCUGCUGCAGAGCAUGAGCUCGCUGCUGCGCCACCGCAUCCGCAGGCUUGAGGCAGCAACAGUUUGUUUCUUUGCUGCAACCCAGCAGAGUCAGCAGCAGGGAAAACAGCAGCAGCAGCAGCAGCGGCAAAAGCAGCAGCUGCUGCGGCAGCGCACCCAAGACUCAUCUUCACAGGGUGACUCCCUACUGCUGCUGCAGGCCGACUCCGCGUUGCAGGAAUUUGCUGCUGAGUGCAGCAGCAGCAGCAUGCGAUACAAGUCGGACGUGACUGCAGCACAGCUUGGGGAUAUUUGUGCGCUUUUUAUGCGGCAGCAAGAAGCCCGCUGUUUGUCCCUCAUGCUGCAGCUGCUGCAUUCUCGCCAGCAGCAGCAGCAGCAGCUGCAGCUGCUGCUGCAAGUGCUGCAGCAGCCGCAACACCGGGAUCCGGAAGGCGGAUGGAAGGCUCCAAGUGCCAGUGCUGCACCUGUUGACCUGCUUCUGCUGCAGCUCCUGCCGCAGCCGUCGCUGCUGCUGCUGCUGGGGACAGUGCAGCAGCAGCUGGUGUCAGCUUUUGCGGCUCCAGCCACAGUACCAGCGGGGCCCAGACAUAAGCGCGCUCCAGAUGAAGUUUCUUUUGCUGUUGCUGCUGCAGCAGCUGACCUGGCUUCUCAACAGCAAAGACAUGCGCAGCAGCAGGCGGCGUUGCAUGCAGCCGCCGCCGCAGCAGCAGCAACUGCAAGAGCCCUCAAGGGUUGUUCUUGCUCUUGUUGCAGCUGCAGCAGCAAAGCAGCAACCUUUAUGAUAUCCCUCACUGCGGAUUCUCUGCGAGUCGCAGCAGAAGAAGCAGCAGCGUCUCUCUUGAACACAGGAGCAGCAGCAGCAGCAACAGCAGCAGCAACAACAACACCGACGCCCUGCCUUUGGGAGGCCGCUGGCUCAACUCUCGCAAGAGGCAUUGGCGCGUGCUUCCUGCUGCAGCUACUGCAGCAGGAGCCGCACACGACUGCCGAAGGCAGCAGCAACAGCAGCCACAAACUGCAGCAGCUUGUGUCGCGCAGGCAGCAGCAGCAGCAGCGGACAGACACCGCGUAUGGCGAAGCUAGGUCCUCUAUAUUAGGAGAUAUUGCUGCUGCUGCUACAGGCGCAUUCGUCACUGCAGCAGAAAAACGUGCUGCAGCAGCCGCAGCAGCUGCAGCGAGCGCUGCCAUUUGUUGCCACUGCCUUACGCUGCUAGCUGAAGCAGCAGUAGCAGCAGCCGCUGCAGGACGCGUUUUGUGUUUAUCUUUCCGAUCCACUCUCACACAGCUGUUUUUUCUAGGGCUGGAUGUAUCCCUGAGAAUUCAUUGGAGUCUCAAAGGCCACUCCAAGACUCACCCAGCAUCACCUGCUGCGCUGCGACUUCGACACGAGCUGCUGCAUUUGGGCCGCGCCCUUGUCAUCUGCGGACAGCAGCAGCAGCAGCAGCAGCAGAAGCAGCAGCAGAAGCAGCGGCAGUACCAAGCUUGUUGUUCCGUUCACGCUCCGUACUAUGCACCGUCAGCUGCAGCAGCUGCUGCAGACCUGUGGCUCAAUGUUGCACUGCAUGCGGACAUUGAAUGUAAUUCAACUGGGGAGAGGAGGCAGCAGCAGCAGCAGCAGCAAAAGCAGCACAAGCAGCCGCAGAAGCAUUCUCAUCUGCAGCAGCAGCAGCAGCAGCAGCACAGGGAGGUCCUGCGCGCGCUGCUACACACCGCAAGCCUAUUAACGGGCCCCGUAGUUGAAAGCCAUUUCUUUAUGUUGCGCAGCAGCAGCUUUGUAAGUGGUGACGCUGCUCAUACUCACCUGCCAGCGGAUGCUGCUGCUAGCUCGUUGCCCCGUCCCCUGUUACAGCUGCUUCAGCAGCAGCAGCAGCAGCAAGAGCAGCCGAAGCAGCAGGAGGACCUUUCCCAAAGUCACGCCGAGCGAAGGCUGCAUCAGGCUGCAGAUACAUGCGCUUUGGCAGCAACGUUUGCUGCUGCUUGUCACAGAGCAGCGAGCGGCGGCAGCGCCUGUGAGGCGUUGCGCUGCCUCCAUGCAGUUACGGACUGCAGCAGCAGCAGCAGCAGCAGCAGCAGCGGCACAAGUAACGGCAUAUCUAGCCCUGCUCAAGAGGCCAAGAGGGUUCUCAGAUGGAAGGCUUUAAUGCUAGCGGUUGAGCGGUGGGCUCAAGCGCUUGUCGCUGGGCGCAGCAGCAGCAACGGUUCGGCCAGCAGCAGCAGCAGGAGUUGCUUUGCUGCCUUGUGCAGCAGCUGCAGCAGGCGGAGCGGCAGUAGUUCCUACUGCGCAUGCACUCCAGAGGCAGCAGCUGUGGCAGAGGGGGCUGUGGCUCUUCUGCUGCUGCUGCCUGCUGCUGUGAGGUGCAGCCCGAAGGCGCCACAGCAGCAACGGUGGAAUUUCGGGUGCAUGCAGCCGCAGCAGCAGCAGCAACAGCAGCAGCAGGAGCCCUUCCCUAUUGCCCCGGCAGCAAUCGCAUCUCUGCUGCAGCAGCUGCUUGACGCUGUUCCGGCUGCAGCGCAGAGCAGCAGUUUCGUGGGGGCUCUGCUGCAGGUUUUUGUGUUGCUGUUCUCCAAAGAAGAGAAGCAGCAAAAGCAGCAGCAGCAGUUCUUGCGACAGCAGCAGCAGCAGCUGCUGCAAGGCCACAAAAGGCAGGAUGAGCAGAACGGACAAGUCCAGGAGCAACAGCAAGAUACGCUUCCGAAUACCUCCGCGCUGCUGCAGCUGCUGCUGCAGCAGUUGCUGCACUCAUGGGCUGCGAAGGGAGUUGCUGGAUUGGCGCUUUGUCUUUUCGGUGCCCUUCUACUAGUUGAUGUGGACCAGCAGCAGCAGCAGGAACUGCAGCAACAGAAGCUGCAGCAGCAACAACAGAAGCAGCUGGUAGAAACCGAAGAAAACUAUAUAGUAGAGACCCCGCUGCUCCAGCAGCGAGUACAUUUGCUGUCUCUGGAGCUGCUUCUGCUAAUUUUAGAAGGAGCAGCAGCAGCACGCCGACGCUCUCUGGUGGCCGGAGAGGACGCAGCAGCAGCAACAGCAGCAGCAGCGACUAGCGAGUGGCGGCAGCUGCAACCAGAUGUGGCAGCUCAGCUGCAGCAACUGCAGCAACUGCAGCAUCAGCAGCUUAAGUCGCUGCAACCGAAGCUCCCGACACAGCAGCAGCAAGCCCUUAAUGCCGCUUUUCUUGCUGCACGGUCAACACAGCAGCAGCUUCUGCAGCGCUGCUGGUUGAUGCUGCUGCGAGAGUCUUUCAGCAGGUUGGGGAAGUGUUCCGAAGCAGCAGCAGCUGCUGCUGCACCUUUGCUACUGCAGAUAAAAGUGCCUCGGAUUUUCCAGUCUGCUGCUACUGUACAGAGCGCAACACUGGAGUUGACGAGGCUCCAGCUGCUGCUGCAGCAGCAGUCGCAAGCAUUCGUGCCUCUGUUCAGCUGCAGCAGCAACAGUCGCCCCCAGCGAGCUGUUGCUGCUCCUUCUCCGGAUUUGCUGUUGCGCAUUGCUGGCCAAACAAGUUGUGCUGCCGCUGCAGCUUACGGGCCGCUGCUGCACAUGCAGCAGUGGCGAGAUGAGCUGCUGCAGAACAUGUCGCGGCAGCUAGAUCUACCCGGACUGCUGCUGCAGCAGCAGCGGCUGCUGUUGCAGCCGCAAGACAAAGUCGUGCAGCAGGGCCAUCUCGCUUGCGGGGGCAAGAGGGAAGCCUUUGCUGCGCAGCUUCAGCUGCUGCACCAGCAGCAGCUGCUGCUGCAGGAGCAGCACGCGAGCACAAGGCGCAGCACGCUUCGCUACAGCUUAGAAACCCUAGCUACUCAAAUGUGGGGCCGCGCAGCAGGUCCAUCAGCAGCAGCAGCUGCUGGUGGCGCUCGUGCUGCUGCUGGGGAAUCAGACUUGCCUGAGCUGCUCGACGCCUCCGCAGACGACUGCAGCAGUGGCAGCGGGCCCUGCUGCUGCAGCAGAGGCAGCAGCUGCGCCAGCAAUACGGCUUCAGCAGCAGCAGAAGCGACAGUGUCCCUCCCUCUGGCUUACUUGCUGCUUUCAAAGUUUGCUGCGCGCAGCGGAGCCACGGCAACUCUGCAGCUGGGGUUGGAGCAGCUGCAGCGCAGCAGCAUUCUUGGGGGUCCUGUUUCUGCGGGGCGGCUGGACAGCGCCUUGCUGCUCUUCACGGUCCUUCGCUGCUGCCUUUCUGCAGCUACUUGCUGCUGCUGCUGCUGCUGCCCACAGCAGCAGCAGCAGCGCGGCACUGCCUGCUGCUUGGCCCUUCAGGAUGGAGCCUCCAUUCAGCACUUGCUGCUGCAGUGCAACAGCACAUUUGCUGCUGAGCAGCAGGCGCUGCUGCGUGGCAAAGGUGCAGUGUCUGGCGCGCACAUGCAACGGCUGCUGCUGCUGCGGUGUACGUACACUGCAGUUUGCUGCUUCCUUCAGCGCCCACCAAAGGAAGGCUGGCUGCGCCCGUGUGAAUGCGCUGAUGUCAGAGCAGCGGCAGGAGCUGCUGCAGCUGCUGCAGCUGCUGCUCUCCCUGCAGGUGCGUUUUGGCCAGCACCAACUAGAAGCCCUAGCAGCGGCAGCAGCAGCAGCAGCAGCAGCCGCGCGUGCUUUUGCUCCCCCAAGCAGCGACUCGCGACCCUCGCGGAAUCAAUGGCCUUCAUUGCAGACAUACUAGAGCCGACCAAGCUCGACAGCAGCAGCAAAAGGAACAGCUGCUGCAGGAACUGCUGCAGCUGCCGCAUGAGCAAGUGCUGCAGCACUCUCUGCAGCGAGUCAACCAAGGGUUGCUUUGAUUGCUGCAGCAGCACCAAACGUGUAUCACGCCGACAUCAACUACCCACUGCUGGUGUUCCUGGCUGCAGCAGCAGCAGCUCUUGCUGCAGCAGCAGCAGCUCAUGCGUCAUUAAACAAAGGGCCCCUCCUGUUGCUGCGCUUCUACGGCUACUGCUGCUAGAGGAAAUAGAGCGCCUCGCAGCAGCCUUCUGCUAUGUCGUGCCCCAAAUUGCUGCUGAUGCAGCAGCAGCAGCAGAAGCAACUGCAGCGGCCGCUGGAGCAGCAUCUGUUGCGAUGGAAGCGAGAGCCGCAGCAGCAGCUCAGACUGCCAGCAGCGGCAGCAGCAGCACCAGUACAUCCGUAGAGAGUGUCACACCUCAUAGGCUUUAUAUACUGGAGCUUGCAAUGCGUGCAGCAGCAGAUGCUGCAGCCUGUGCUGCUUCAGCAGUUCAGUGGCCCGCUGUUGCAGUUGCUCCACACAGGGACUUGUGGCUGCUUCGACGCCUUCUGCAGCAGCAACCAUCGACAGCAGCAGCAGCAGCAGUCAGGCGCAGCAGCAGCAGCAGAGGUGCCUCAGCUGACAAACAGCCGCAGGGGCCGAAAAGGAAGCAGAAGAAACGCAGAGAGCUGAGCACAGACUCUGCAGCAACAGCGGGUGGAGCGACAGCAGCAGCAGCAGCAGCAGCAAAUAUGCUGUUGGAUGCCCCAGUGUCUCUUGUUGCUGCAGCGGCUCAACGGCUGCAAGCCUUUCCCUUCUUCGUUGCUGCUGCCGAGACAUGUGCUGCUGCUGUUGCAGCGGCAGAUGACCCCACGCUGGCAGUGAGAGAAUUGCUGCUGCAGCAGCAGCAAACGCCUGCCGGCGGUGCUGCUGUUCUGUGGCGCCUGCUGCUGCUGCUGCUGCAGCAACAGGUGGUGGACUGCAUACGGCCUUCACUCGUAGCAGGAAACAGCCAUAUUUACGGGGCUGCUGCAGAGACACCGCAGCCCUCCCAGAAGGAGCGGCAGCGCCACAAGCAGCAGCAGCAACAGCAAAUGCAGCACGCGCAGCAGGUGCGGCCUCUGCCGGCACUGGGUCUGGUCAUACGUUCUCUCCUUUACUGCUCCAACUCUUUGCCUGUUCAUGGUUUGCUGCUGCUACUGCAGCAAAGCACGGCAACAGCCCUUGCAGCGGCCUGCUGCAUUAGCAGCAGCAACAGCAGCAGCAGAAACAACAGCAGGCGCCACAGCAUAGACAAAUCAGCUGCUGUCAGUGAGGUUGCGGCUGUUGGACCUAUUCAGAUUCUGCGUGCUGCAGCCUGUCAGGUGCUCAUGCUCAGCAGCAUCAGCAGCAGCAGCAGCCAUAGCAGCAGCAGCAAAGUACAGGUGACGCAGCAGCAGCAUCUAUUCUCUUUCCUGCAGCCCCAGCUGCUGCAGGCCCUUCGCGUAGACCCGGGGAGAGCUCUGGAGGUUGCCCUUAUUGCCGACUUCUGCAGCCAGCAGCAGCACCACCCGUUGCAGCAGCAGCAGCAGCAGCAGCAAGGCAGUGGACUUAAAGACAGAGACAAAUGCACCUACAGGCAGCUGUCGCUGGCCAUGCAGAUUGACUCUGCUGCGAAUCUGGAGGGCAGCGACCCCCUCGCCGCGAAAGCCAAGCAGCUGCGAUGGGAGCUGCUCCGUUUGAUGGGCGCUGGAGCUCGCGAUUACUUGGAGCGCCAGCUGCAUUAUUGGAAGACUAUUAUAGGGCUGAGUGGGCAAGCAGUGAGCCUUCCCCCCUCUGCGCGGAAGGCCUUUUUUGUGCAGCAAAUUAGAGAGCUGCAGAAGACGAUGCCGUGCGAGGGCUUUUGGCUGCUGACAGAAGAAGUCAAAAUUGCGCGGCCUUUGCCUGAGUCGGCAGAGGCGAUGCAAUCAGCAGUGAAGGCUCCUUUCCUCUUGUCUUUUGAAACUGCUGGAGGCGCAGAUAAGCGCUCAUGCAUCUUCAAGCUGCUUGACGACCUGCAGCAAGACGCUCUCGCCGUACAGGCAACUAGGAUGUGCCUGUCCACGCUGAGUCUAGCUGGGGAAUCUUCUUGGCUGCGGCCUUACGGUGUCACUGCUGUCAUUCAAAAGGCAGAUACAGCAGGGCAGCAGCAGCAGAAGCAGCAGCAACGAUGCAGGAGCAGCAGCAGCAACUGUGACAUGGCUCACGGCUUUCCUAGUUCUUCCGCAACAGAUGCGGCAGAGUCUGUAGCAGCAGCCGCUCCUGCUGACAGCAGCAGCAGCAAAAGCAGCAGCCUGCCUGUAGUGCCUGACGGGCUCUCAUCUGAUUCGCCUGCUGCUGCUAAAGGCGCAGCAGGCUCUGUGGCAGCAGCAGACUUUCCAUUCGCAGCAGCAGUGGCAGCCUCAUCGUCUGCUGCAGUAGCGUCACAAUCGUCAGCAACAGCAACUUCAGCAGCAGCAAGAGGGCGAGGCGCAGGCUCCCAGUUUGGGGGGGCCGUUUCUGUUGUCGAUAAUGCCUACAGCCGCCACCAGAUUGGAAAGACUUUUGGUUGUUCUUUGGUUGAGUUUUUUGCACUGGCCUUUCCUAAGGGCAGCAGAGUCGGCAGCAGCAGCAGCAGCAGACGCAGCAGUCUCAAGCGCAGCGCCACAGCGACAUUGGCGGCCGACGGAGAUCCGCAAAAUGCAGCAGCAGCAGCUGCUGCUGCUGCUGCUGCGGCAGCCGCGGCAGCAGCUGCAGGCAGGGGCUCUCCAGUAGGACUGGCCGAUAGCAGACAGUUUUUAGGAGGCACCGAGGAAAGUGAUAUUGACGAGCUGCAGCAGCUGCAGCAGCAGCAACAGCAUCAACUGCAGCCAGCGCUGCAACAACCUGUGGGAAGCCCGCAGCAACAGCAGCAGCAGGAAGAGCUGCUCUUGAGCCAAAGACCUAGCCGCAUACCUUUGGAAGUUGCAACACAGAACUUCGCCGACUCCUUAGCUGCGUAUGCUGUUUUCAGCUACCUGCUGCAGGUGAAAGACCGGCACAACGGGAACGUGCUGCUGUCGGUGCGUUCUGGGCGUUUGCUGCACAUCGACUUUGGCUUUAUGCUGGCGAUGUCCCCUGGGGGAGAUAUGGCCUUCGAAAGAGCUCCUUUCAAACUCACUGCGGAAAUGGCCAAUCUCCUGGGCAAGGAACACGGCGUGCUCUUCAGGGACUUCUCCACCAAAUGCAUCCGCGGGUUCCUGGUGCUCCGGGAGCAAGCGGACGACUUCAUUGCCCUCUUUGAUGCAAUGCAGCUUUCUCGAAUGGCCUGCUUUAAACCCUCUGCCGUAGAAAACCUCAGGUCCCGUUUUCAACUGCACCUGUCUCCGCUGCAAGCCGCUGCCUUCAUGGAGACAAAAAUAAGAGAAGCUCUCCAAUCAUUCACGACGAGGGCUUACGACCUGGUGCAGCAGCUGCAGCAGGGCAUUCAACACUGA